CCCAUGUUUCAGUCCCGACUCUUUCCCGAAAUGACCAGCUCCGACGCCAUCCAAGGGAGAGAGUUCAAGCCGUGGCGUUGAAGAUUAAGCAGGCGCUGAGUGUUGCAGCGAAUGUAUUGAACGAGGUGUUAGUGUAAUGCUUAAUGCUUGAUACCUAUAAGAAUCUCAGGUCGCAUCCUUGCUCCCCGACCGUGGUAUAUGGAUCUCAGAGCACGAUUAAUGAUCAUAGAGAAUCAUCCUACCCAAGCUUUCAAGUAAACAAAAGUCCCAGAUUCUUUAAAGGAACGAAUAUUAAGCGAAGGGCCCCCCUCUUAAAUGUGAGACGUAGCGUCGGAGACUAACUCCUGGAACGCACCCCACUGGUGCGACCGUGCAACCGUGCAACGCCCUCGAGAUUCACAUCCGGGACGUCCAUUCGCUUGAUCUUGGGCUCGGCCCUCAGGACCCCAUGAAAUUACCCGAUGCGCUCCUCCGAUUCGACCCAGGGUCUCGUUUCUUUCUCUGAUCCAUACCGGUCUGCCGUCCGGUCUGGCUGGGCUCUCUGCUAACCGUGCUAGCCCCUGCCGAAAGCCUGAGAGCUAUCGUCUUGCGAAGCGACCUGAAACUCACCCCGGGGGUGGGACUAGGGACGGACUAUCCAAAAUGCACCCAUCAGAAUGCGAGAAUGCGAGAAUGGGAGGGGUUGGGAAGGGGCUUAGUCGGAGGUGUUUCUUGUUCACGGUGAUAUGUUGAGCGAAGAUGGACACACACCUUGGACAAGUUCCUUUCCAUGCUGAUAGACUGCCGAAUGAUCAGAAGGUUCACGUGUUUAAUGCCACAUUCACAGCAGAUACGAGGACUCGGACCGGCCAUUUUAAUAUCUGGCGAUAUUAAACUGGGCCGACCUCAGAGCAGCGGGACGGAGGCUUGGAGUUCUGGUUGCGAGACUCCACCGGCGUUGCGGCGCCUCGUGGGAAAUUGAAGGAACUAAUCUAAUUGAGGCUUGAACUAGACGAGUUUUUGUGUCAGGCGGGCCAUUCGGGUUACUCUUUCUUUUUCUCUUGUGGAUGAGCUCUCGAGUGGCGUGCCGUGACUCUGGGGUCUACAGUCGCAGACGACUCCGUACUGUAGUAGUGACGAGUCCUGGUCUGGUCUACCGGUCGACUGGUUCCACGCCUCUCUUUCUCUCUCUCUUUCUUCUCUUGCUUUCUCUGCGCGUCGCUCUCUUUUUCCUUCGAGGAGCUUGAGGCUCUUCUCCUUUCUGGUUCGGUGCUUUACUGCCCCCGCUCGAAACAUCGCCGGUUUGAUACCAGCGACACUGUUUUCUUCCCCUCGUUCUAUCGUGACAUAGUCCUCCAUCGUUGACUUGUGAGGCAUUGAAUGCCCUUCCAUUCUUUUUUUUCUUUUUCACUUUGGAUUGCUAGCCUGGACUCUCGUGGUUUCCAAGCUUGCCUGCUCGAUCGCGAUUUCUGCCUUAUUCGCAUUCGAUUAUCACUCGACAAGGCUUUCGCUGCAGAGCUUCCGCUGCUUCGAUAUAUCGCAUCUCCAUUCUCUCGUUUCGUAUCUUCGCAUCUACCUUCGUUUCUUUCUCGAUCAGGGUAUCGACUCUUUCGAAUUUCUCACUGCGUUUACUCUUGGGGCAUCACUAGAGAAACUCUUUCUGACCAGAAAAGAUCUUUUGCGUUUUCACUUGAUGCCACGAAAAGCCCUAUUCUCUCGUCUGAACUCCUCGAUACGACACCCCGCAGCAUAAUUCUUAGCUCGCUUUGUCGAAUAACGAGAAAUCAGAUCAAAUGAGUACCAGACCCCCUGGAAGUGGUGGGCCCAGCCCCGAUUCCUCGAAAGGGCCCGAUCGCAAAGGGUCCGUCAAGAGAGCGAGAGAGUUGCUGGAAGCGGGUGUUCGUCCAACUCGAUCCUCGCCAACAGUCCCAGUACCGGCGCCUAUGCCCCGGCCUCCCCCGUCGUCAGGAUCUGGACCAUCUCCCGCUGCUAGAAAUCUCGCCCACCAGACGCAAUGGCCUCUUCCCGAGUCGGGUCUACCUCCUCGUCCGCUGCAGCCUCAGCCUCUGAAUCCUCAGCACCCUAGAUUUCUGAUCCCUCAAGGUCCUCCUCCCUCACGACCGCCGCGUCCUAGUGAGGUUCCUUCGCAAAUCCCUUCUCCCUCAAUUUACUCUGUACGGAGUGGUGUAGACUCCGAGACGAGCUCGGUCUACCCCAUUCUGCCAGCUCGUUCUUUCUCGCACCCCAAACCACUGUACAUACAACACCAACAGCAGCCGCGCCCAUCUACAAAUGACGGUCCCGCAAGCCCAACCAGUACCCUGGAUUUGACCCCUCGCAUCUCAAUCGCCACAGACGAGCUAUUCCACCGUCACUCGACUGCUUCCGGCUCGUCUUCUGUCCCCGAUGUACCGCCGAUUCCACUCCCUGAACCGCCUUACCCGCAAGGGAACUCUCGGCAACCUGUUGCAGGUCUUUUACCACCAUCCCAUCUUCGCAAAUCCGCCGUUUCUCCUAUCCCUGAAGAGCUCUCAAAUCCCCGCCAAACUCUCGGUUCGCUAGCUUCCAGUCGCGUGAUUCCAUCCAGCUGGGGUUCUGGUCCACCCGAGUCAGAAAUCUUAGGCGCGUAUCUGGAUGAUCCAUCGGAUGAUGAAAACAACAACCAUCAUCACCAAGUAGAGGAUGUUACCCUUGUCCGAAACGCCAGUCUCGGCAAGCGCGGCAAACCGACGAUGCGCACAAUCAUGAGGUCGAACCCCAACUCGGAGGUUGAUACUAUCCCCGACGUGCCAUCUUCCAACCCCCAGGAGGAGUAUACUCGGCAGCAAUCAAUCGCCGCGGCAGCUGGCGGUCUUGCAAUCGGCACUGCAGUCAGCCAAGUGCUUCGUGCUCCCACCACGGGGCGCCGGAUGUCUACUUCAACGGGCUCGGACGAGUCCUGCGUUGACCCUGAGAAACCACGGUUCGCGCAGCAGCACGAUCACCCGGCCUACGAUUCAGCUGUGGAGAAGGAGCUUGAGGUUCUGCCCAAGGCCGCACCGACCAUGAGUGACAAGCGACCUGGCGGCAAGAAGCCUCCUCGCUUGGACAUGAGUGCUGUCCGCGAUGCCGAGGCGCGUGGUAGUCUGUCUAGCCUAUCUGAUCUGAUUCGACGCGCAACCAAGCUAGCUUCGAAUCUCGACCGGGGGAAGACUGCCAGCCGAUGUGAUAUGCUGGCCACAGAUGCCGACUUUAAAGCUGCAUUAGGUGAGCCAGGCCGCCGACGCGGUUCCGGUUCUAUCACCGAUAUCCUCACCUCCUUCCCUCGACCAGGCCUGCAGACGCCAGAAGGCCGCAGCUCAUGGCCGGUAUUCUUCGGUCGAUCCGGUUUGCGCAAUGUGGAGCCCCUCCACUCCCACGACGAGGACCCGAAUGUCAAAAAGCCUGCGCGGAAAUGUUGUGGCAUGCCCCGCAAAUGGUUCAUCUUGCUGUGCAUCCUUUUCUUCAUCAUCGUGGUGCUAGCCAUCCUGCUCCCGAUCUUCCUCGUCGUAGUGCCGAAGCAGAACCACAGCACCUCAGGUUCCUGCGCAAGCACAAACCCCUGUCAAAACGGCGGCGUGAGCGUUUCCAGUGGCUCUGAGUGCUCGUGCGUGUGCUCGGACGGGUACACGGGCUCACAAUGCACCGUGGCUGGGGACAGCAGCUGCGUUACGUCGGAGGUGAAUGAUAACAAGAAGGCCACGAUGGGUAGUGACCUGCCAGACGUGUUCAGUGCGUCGUCGAGUAAAUUCAACAUCACGCUGGACUCGGUGACUAUCAUGGCUCUGUUCAGCAUGAACAACGUCUCCUGCAAGACUGAAAACGCGCUCGUCACCUUUGACGUGCAGACUGCCACCAGCAGCAGCAGCAGCAGCAACACCCGCCGCGCCGUCUCCCUUCCCGUGGACCUGCCCCAGUUCGCAGACGCGAAGGGCACCCCGUUAUCUGCACUCGACUCAACCGAACCCACCCCAGUCCUAGCUCCGCGGGCAGUGGCCACCUCGAACGGGAUCCUCUACGAUAACAGCGGUUCAUCGACAACCAGUGCGACCAGCACCGCCACUACGGCCAUGGCGACGGCCAUCGCCGCCAAUUCGACCAACACCACCAGCAGCGCUAGCAGCGCCGACAGCACUGACACCGGCGUGCCCACGGAAGUCGUCGAGUUCUCGCAGGUAGCAGUUCUGUAUAUUCUACAGAAGACCGGUUCCUUGACGUCUGCAAUGUGGGCCGAGGGCCAGAUCGAGACGUACCUAGCUGAUUCGUAUGCGAACGCCACGCAUCCGACGCUGGAGCUGAUGGGAUUGUAUGGGCUGGACUUUGAGAAGAAGACUAUCACACUGCAGAAUGGAACGGUGGUUGGCUGAGCUGCGUUGCUGAGACGCACUGCAACAUACAUUUUAAGGGUAUGACUAUAUUACUCUGUGAUGGUUGUUUGAGUGGAUUGGAAAUUUGGGAAACUUGUAUAUAGUGUAGGACUACAUGGCGCUUGGACUUGGGAGUCAAACUCGACACUCGAUUUUGGACUCGGAUAUAUCGCCGAUGGACCCCGUGAUCGGUGUACAUUACGGUUAUAAUGCAACGGAGUCAGGGCGUGGGCACCCAGCCGAAUAUUUGCAAGUCAUAUUCAGUGUUUCUCUGUAGUACUACUAUGUUCGAGGGCGUGCAAUAUCUACUUCGUACACCCGUACAUAUUGAAUGUAGA